AUGGUAGGUGGUGGAAGAGUUUGGAGGAGAAACCUUACUACCUUGGAAAUUGCUGAAGACUAUCCAUUAUUUCAAUCAAUUUAUAGAGUGAUUGCCACAGAUGAGGACUCUGCAAAUGGUGAUCAGCUGAUGUACACCAUUGAGACACAGUUAUCUGGACCAAAGGAAGGAGCAAAUUCUUUUGGAAUGGAUCCUGUAAGUGGUGUUGUUAGCUUGAAAGGUGGAGACCCCCUGGACUUUGAAGCUGGAUAUCAUGUUUUCCAGCUUGCCCUGAGAGCAACAGAUAAAACAGGUCUGUUCUGCCAAGGGACACUAAUUAUCAAGAUUAUAGACAUAAAUGACGAGAAGCCUCAAUUUGAGCCAUUUCCUCUGGAUUCUAUUAAUGUGACUGAAAAGAAACCUGUAGGAGAAAUUAUAGCAAGAGUAAAAGCAACAGAUCGAGAUGAAGAUAACAGCAUCACUUAUUCCUUUAAAACUCAGCAGGAAAUGUUUGGUUUGGACCCUCUUAAAGGUAUAAUCACUCUUCUCCAGCCUUUGAAUCUUGACAACCCAAAUAACUCCAAAACCUACCCUUUGGAAAUUGAGGCCAGAGAUAACGGAAAUAAUACCAACACUUACAUGUUUACAGUUUUUGUGGAGAACAUAGAUGAUCCUAUUUCCUGUGACUCAAGUUUUUCAACAGGAGCAGGUGUUUCAGUGUCUGUUCCUGAAAAUAUUCCUGCAUCUGCUUUUAUAUAUAUGAUUCUUUCAAGGGACCCAGAUAUAGGACAAGAAGUUGAAUUUCUAAUAUUAAAUUCUUCAACUAACGCCACUGCCUACUUUGCUUUGGAUUCACGUAAUGGUGUCAUUUCUAAAACCAUUGAACCUCUUUUGGACUAUGAAACAAAUCCUAAGCAUUUCCAGUUUGUAAUUGCUGUUAGGAAUAAGGAGAACCUCCCUGUGGAGUCAUGUAUUGGCACCAUCACUAUAAACAUCCAGAAUGUUAAUGAUGAGAGUCCUGUUCUUACAUACAUACCAGAUGCACCUAUAAAUAUUUAUGAAAAUCUGCCUGUUGGAACAAUGCUGGUCAAGUUGACAGCAACUGAUAGAGACAUAGGGGACUCAGUACACUAUGAAUUUAUAGGUACACAAAAAGAAUUUUCUAUAAAUGAAGAUUCAGGAGAGAUCACAAUUGCCUGUCCUUUGGAUUAUGAGGAUGUAGCCACCCCAAAGUCUUGGGUAUUAUAUAUUAGAGCUUAUGACAACAAACGGAUGCAUUCAACAACUGGGUCACUCACAGUGAUACUACAAGAUGUGAAUGACAAUCCACCUCAGUGCUCACAGGAUAUUUACAUAAUUGAACUUCCUGAAAACAUCCCAUCUGAAACUCUAUUAGUCUCUCUAACAUGCACAGAUAAGGAUGCAACUCUUCCUAAUAACAACAUAACUUAUCAUUUGAUUAUGGAUACUUUUUCAAAUAAAACCUUUACUCUCACUAACAAUGAACUGAGGAUUGGAUCUACACAUUUAGAUUUUGAUAAUGCUAUUUUUGCAGGAAUGCACUUCAAAUAUACAUUGUUUGUGAGGGUUUCUGAUGAAGGAAGUCCUGCACUCUCAACUAUUCUUACAAUCAUUGUAAGAGUGAGUCGCAUAAAUGAACUGAAUCCAGUUGGAACUACAUCGGUUACCUUCAGUAUAUUUGAAAAUAGUCCAGUUGAUGCACUAGUUGGAAAAAUUACAUUUACAGAUGCAGACUGGCCAUUUAACAACUUAAAAUAUACCAUUGUUGGAGGCAAUGUGGGAACUCCUCCCAAAUUUUACAUUGAACCAGAUACAGGCAUGAUAAAGCUACUAGAUUCACUAGACAGGGAAGUGGAGUCACAGUAUAAGAUAACCGUGAGGAUUGUAGACUUGGACAACGAUGCCAUUCCUGACCCCUUCAGACAAAGAAGGGCUACUGCUCAGGUGACCAUCAAUGUUCUGAAUAUAAAUGAUGAGCCUCCUGUAUGCAAUCCACCACAUUUGGAAACUCGGAUUUACUCCAUUGUUAAGGCUCCUUUUGUUCACCUCAACUGUUCAGACAAAGAUUCUCCAAAGGAACAUCUGAGCUAUUCGAUUGUAGGAGGAAAUACAAAUAAUCAGUUCACACUUCGGAGACUGGGUGUUGAUCCUCCUUCUCUGGUCAUCAGGCAGAAUUUCCAGUAUGAUGUAUUUCAAGGGAUUCAAGACCCAGUGACUUUCCAGUUGCUUAUUGAAGUCACUGAUGAAUUAGGUGGGAAUAAAGCUCGUCAGCUGUCAGCUACUACCACAGUCAUAAUUCAUGUGCUUCCCUGGACCACAGCACAGCCAACUUCUUCCACAAAAACAUCCACAACUACAAUUACUACUUCUGUCUUGAAGAAGAUUUCAUAUUACUGGAGCCCUGAUAACUGGUUUCCUGCAGUAUUAACUCUAACAGGAGCUCUUUUUAUGGCGUGCCUCUAUGCUGGUGCAUGGUGCCUCUUCAAAGAUGUUCCUGCCUGUUCAAGAUUAUUUCCUCACUGUCACAAACAUCAGCAGCAUCAACCAAGUCUCACUGCCAAGGAUCCAGGGCAGGUACCAAGGCAUGGAAACUCUUUGAGUAGUGUUCCCAAACCAAACUCAAAACCAAACUUGCUGCCUGGAAAUCAUCAGCUGUCAACAGUGUGAUGGGCAUGUAAUUGAUCCUGGCAAGAAGCAGAAUAUGGUAUCAAUAUUUCUAUGUUUAAAAAAGUACUUUCUAAACAGGAUCAAUUUCACAAUACUAAGGAGCAGCAUUAUGGAG